AGACCAGUUUCGACCUCAACGCUAUGAAUGAGUUCUUAGAAGGGGGUGAUCCAAAGCAAGUGGCCUUGGUGAAGAGUAUCUUCCUCCAAUUCGAGCGUGACCCAGUCAUCGCCACCUCGCCUGAGAUUUACGAUUUAACUCAUGAGGAAAAGCGUGAGCUUACAGCCCGGAAGAUUGCCCGUUUGGCCCAGUACUUGGAGAAAGACACGCCAGAGGUCUGGAAUAUGCGUUGGCACUUGCUCAACACCUUUGACCCCCAGCUGAGCACUCGUAUAAACAACAACUUAGGGUUAUUUCAUAACUGUGUACGUGGCAAUGGCACCCUGAAGCAAUACCACUACUGGACUGUCACCCAGGGCUCUGCUAAAAUCAAGGGGAUAUGUGGCAGUUUCGGUAUGACUGAGCUCGCCCACGGCUCCAACGUUGCCGGAUUGGAAACCACUGCAACUUUUGACGCGGAAACCGAUGAAUUUAUUGUAAACACGCCUCAUAUUGGAGCCACCAAAUGGUGGAUCGGUGGUGCUGCCCACACCGCUACACAUAUUGCUGCUUACGCUCGCUUGAUUGUAAGGGGAGUAGACCAUGGGGUUAAAAUCUUUGUGGUACCCUUGAGAGACGCCAACCAUGACGUGAUGCCCGGUGUCUCGUUAGGUGAUGUUGGUGCCAAGAUGGGAAGAAACGGUAUUGAUAAUGGGUGGAUCCAGUUCAGCAACGUCCACAUUCCCCGUGGAAACAUGUUGUCCAAGUACGACAAAGUGGAUAGAGAUGGGACGGUACACAACGCUCCCUUGGCUCAGUUGGCAUACUCUGCGCUUUUGACAGGGAGGGUUGGGAUGGUUUACGACUGUUUCAGAUACGGUUCCCGGUUUAUUACCAUCGCAUUAAGAUAUGCCGUUGGUAGAAGGCAGUUUGGUCAUAGCCCAGACGGCGAAGAACAGUUGUUGAAUUAUCCCUUGCACCAAAACAGAUUAUUGCCUUAUUUGGCCGCUGUUUACGCCAUGUCUGCCACCGGUUACAAGAUGAAAAGUUACUUAAAGGGUAUCAUUGACACCUUAGACACUUCUGUAAAAACUGGGAAUACAAAGAAAAUUGGGGGGGCUCUUACCGAGAUGAAGACUUUAUUUGUGAUUUCAGCGAGUUUGAAGUCCACCUGCACCUGGUUGACCGCCUCCUUGAUCGAUGAAUGCCGCCAGGCUUGUGGGGGUCAUGGCUAUUCUUCCUACUCUGGGUUCGGUACCGGCUACACGGACUGGGCUGUGCAAUGUACCUGGGAAGGUGACAAUAAUGUUUUGGCCAUGUCUGCAGGUAAAUCAGUAAUCCAGAACUUGCAAAAGGUACUCAAGGGAAAAAGCUUGAUGGGGGAGUUUGCUUACUUGAACAGCUAUAGUGUUGCUGCUUCUUCCCCAGUUUUAAAUGGGUCAAUUGACAACUUGCAGAAUUUGUUAUCUGCCUACCAGACGUUGGUCGCGAGAUUAUCCGGUCAUGCCAACGAGAUUUUGGAAGAGAAUAAAAACUCAUGGGAGUCCAUUUCGGUACACCAAGUGAGCAUUUCUAAGGUGUUUGCCCACACUUAUGUCUUGGGAACUUUUAUUAAAAGAAUCUCUAGCGUAAGUGACGCUGCUUUGUCUGAGCAAUUAACCAACUUGGCUAAAUUGUAUGCUUUGUCCACAUUGAACCAGUAUUCGUCGUUGUUCCUCCAAUACAACGUGAUUUCUGGCUCUGCCUUAGCCGAAGUGCAGUCCCAGGUUGGAAUGUUGAAUGCUAGAGUCAGGCCACAGGUUGUGGGGUUGACCGAUGCGUUUAUGAUUCCAGAUUUUGUUAUCAACUCUUCGUUGGGCUCAUACGAUGGUAACAUCUAUGAUAACUAUUUUAGUAUAGUCAAGAGGCAGAAUGAUCCUUCCCGGACAAAGGCACCAUACUCUGAGGCUAUUUUAGAGAAGAUGUUGAACAGAAAGGACCUUAACGUUAGGGAAAGAAACGAACGCAGCAAAGAGGUAUUGAGACUCUUGGGUACCGGUAUCGAAUAAGCACCAUAUGUAUGGCUCUAGUAGAGUUAAAUGUGACAAUGAGCUGACCAUAGCUUGAUUCAUUACGAAUUAGGGGCCAUCGAAAAUUAAAUUUACUGAUACUCGUAU